CUCGGUAUAAUUUAUAUUUACUAUUCAACUGAAAUUAUUCAAAUUUAUCAUUUGAACAUUAGCUACAGUAUAUGUAAGUGCUUAUGGCGACUAUGCGUUAGUUAAAUGCACAUCAAUAUUUUAAUUUAGCCAUUUUUGAAAUAAUUAUAUUACAAAUGGAGUAAUUUAUCGCCAAUAUUUUUGAUCGAUUUUUUUUUUACUUUUAAAUUAUGUCUGCCGAAUUUUUUUCGAAAUUAAUUCAAAAUUAUGUUGAAUUAUUGGAAGAUGAUGAAUAUUAUGAUAUUACAAUUGAAGUUGGCGAGGAUCCUAAUGUAAAAAUAUUUCGUGCUCAUAUGAAUAUUUUAUGUUAUCGUUUUUCAUAUUUUCGGCGGGUUAUAGCUUCUAAUAAAAAGGACAACGUUUUAGCUCAUAUUAAAUUUAUAAAAAUAUCACCGGAAAUCUUUCAAAUGAUUUUGAGGUAUAUUUAUGGUGGUAUUCUUUCGUUAAAUGAACAAGAAAAUUCAGAUUUUCUUAAAGUAUUGGCUGCUGCGGAUGAACUUCGUCUCCAAGAACUAGUUGAUUAUUUACAAAAAUAUUUAAUUGAAAAUAAGUCCGAAUGGAUGGAAGAAAAUUUUGAAUUUACUCAACGAAUCAGCUUACAAUCUAAUAAUCUGGUGGAGCUUCAACAAUUUUGUGUAGAUUUUAUUGCUAAAUCACCUGAAAAAAAUAUUUAAACCACUUUAUUUCACUUCGAUUUCUGAAAAUUUUUUAAUUUCACUUAUUAAGAGAGAUGAUUUACAAAUGAAAGAAAUUGAAAU